AGAUCGGCGGCGCCAAAGCUUUAAUGCUUCAUCAACAGUUAAUGCUCCCUCGGGGCCUCGCCGGAAAUGGCCUCAGAUCCCCUCCUGGCCCCAACGGCGGCCUCUUGGCCAUGCCGCCGCUGAAUUUGGCCGGUAACGGCGAUCAGAAUGAAGUCAUCGUCGACGGGUCCCCUUUAAAUCUGCUAAUCCCGGAAAUGAUGCAUCAGUUCAAGCUCUAUACAACGGAUUUACUGUUCAACCCUCUACUCAACUUCAGCAUUUUCACCACCCUCAGGGCGGAGCGAUGCAAGCCCAAAAUUUUGGAGCCCAGGCAAUGAACCAGGCCGCGGCAAGCGGUUCAAUGGGAACCGCCGGAGGAGGAGGGACGGCGGCGGCGCAGCCACGACAGCAGAGGGUGAGGGCCCGGAGAGGACAAGCCACGGAUCCACAUAGCAUUGCUGAAAGACUACGUAGAGAGAGAAUUGCAGAGAGAAUGAAGGCUCUGCAGGAACUGGUGCCCAAUGCAAACAAGACGGACAAGGCUUCAAUGCUGGACGAGAUCAUCGACUACGUCAAAUUCCUCCAGCUCCAAGUCAAAGUUCUGAGCAUGAGCAGAUUAGGUGGUGCUGUUGCCCCCCUCGCUGCUGAUAUGUCUUCUGAGGGAGGCGGUGACUGCGGGAAUGGAAGGAGCAGUAACGGAACACAAACAGCGUCAUCAUCGAACAACAACAAUAAUGAUGGCAUGACGAAGGAGCACCAGGUGGCUAAGCUAAUGGAAGAGGACAUGGGAUCGGCCAUGCAGUAUCUCCAGGGUAAGGGGCUGUGCCUCAUGCCUAUUUCUCUGGCUACGGCCAUUUCUACGGCCACGUGUCACUCCAGGAAUCCCAUGCAUCCCGGUCUCACCGGCAAUGGCGCUAACACCCGCUUCUGGGGCUGGGAGGUGGGGCUAGCGGUAACGGGGUUGGUGAAGCCGUGGAGAAAGACUGCACUGCGUUUGAUUCGAAGUUUGAAACUCUCGUCGACGGCCGUCAAGUCCACCCAAAUGCGUAAGCAGCACGACGCCGUAUUUGGAAGUGAUAGACUUGGCACGAGGAAGCGAAGCUUAACUUGA